UUCCCGUGAUGUGAUGUUGAUCUUCGGGUGGAUGGCGCGUGUAGUGUUAUAAGUGUUGAUUUUUUUCGCGGAUUAUUCAAGUGUCUAUGGUUUAGAUCGAUAUUUCACUCAACAGCCAUGAGUUGGCGAGAUGAUAUUGUUGCUAAAAUACAAAAUAGGAACCGAGAGCAAGUCUCUAGUUUCGAGGAACUGAUAGUCACACAUAAUCGCCUUUUUGAGAAUUUCCUGGCCCUGAAAAGUGAAAAUGUUCAAUUAUCAGUUUUGAAUGAAAAACUGCGUGUUGGUAGCUUUGAACAAUCAAAAGCCGGAUCAUCUGGAGGUGGAGAUGCUGCAUUCACAGAAAGAAUUCUUACUCUCGAACAGAAACUUCUAAGCCAGCAGGAGGAGCUCACCGAGUUGCACAAACGGCGUGGUGAAAAUGCUCAAAUGCUGGUGGAUCUGAAUGCCACUCUUCAAGAAAAAGAAAAACUACUUGCUUCGAAGGACGAAAGUUUGCUGCAAAAUGACAAGACUAUAGCAAGUUUGCGAGCAGAAAUUGAAAUGUACAAAAAAAGCCGUAAAGAGCUUGAAGACAUGAAUCAAGUUUUGAAGGAUGAAUAUCAAGCCUUACACCUAGCUUUUACUCAUCUUGAAGAAAAACUACGUAAAGUACAGGAUGAAAACAGAGAAAUGGUGGAGAGGCUUAUGAAGUACAAAACUAAAGAUGCUGAAAAAAUGAACGAGGAAAAUGAAAACUUCAUCAGAAAAAAACAAAUCAAACUCCAAAAAGAACUAGAAGAUGCUGCAAAAGAUACUCUAGGGUUUACACCUGAUAAUCUCUUCAAAGAUAUGCUGCCACCUCCUAUUCAAGCAGUCGCUGGUGUACCCACCAAACCGUCCAUUGUGUUCACUGCUCACAAUGGAGAAGUGAAUGCCAUCAAAUUUAGCCCUGUGGACAAAGUCAUCGCCACUGGUGGUGCAGAUAGAUUGGUGAAGCUAUGGGAUAUCUCGAAAGGUAUCCAAGAGAGUAGGGGGGUUAUGCAGGGUAGCAACAAAGGAGUUAUGUCCGUUGAAUAUGAUACCACUGGAGGCCUAAUCUUAGGAGCAUCAAAUGAUCAUGCAUCCCGUGUAUGGACUACAAGCGACAUGCGAUUAAGGCAUUGUUUGACCGGCCACUCAGGAAAAGUUUUAGCUGCUAAAUUUCUAGGAGAGGCCACUAAAGUAGCAACAGGGAGCCAUGAUAGAGUUCUCAAAAUCUGGGACCUUAGAAGUAGAGCCUGCGUGGAAACGAAGUUUGCCGGCUCUUGUUGUAAUGAUCUAGUUCCAGCCGACAGCUCUGGCACUACCAUCAUUAGUGGUCAUUUUGACAAGAAAAUUAGAUUUUGGGACACAAGAACAGAAUCUGCCAAUAAAGAAAUAGAAGUACAAGGAAAAGUUACCUCUCUAGAUUUAUCUCGUGAUUUUAAAUACUUACUCGCCAGUGUCCGAGAUGACACCCUUAAAGUAAUUGACUUACGCACUUAUCAAAUCCUAUCCACUUUUAGUGCGGACGGGUUUAAAGUAGCAUGUGAUUAUACUCGUGCAGUAUUCAAUGGAGACUGUAACUAUGUUUCUUGUGGGUCUGCAGAAGGUGCUGUCUACGUUUGGGAUGUACUGAGCACAAAAUUAGAAGUAGUUUUACCAGAUGCACACAAGAAUGCAGUGACGGCCGUCGCAUGGUGUCCUAUUACAAAUUAUCUAGCUAGUGUCGAUCGCUCUGGUCAAGUUGUAAUUUGGGCAGAUACUUAGCAGGAGGCCAGAGAGGAAUCCAGCAGUGAUUCUUGAAUUCACCAUGCACAACCCUCUGAUCUUUCCACUGCUUCCGUCUUCUUCCCCUUUUCAUUCUCCAGUUUUAUUUGCUUUUGAUGUCAAGUUUUUACAUUUGUUGAUGUUUCAUUUUGUGUGAAUAACACUUGCUGUUGUUAAUAAGUAAUUUGAGUUCUCGUGAAUUUAAGUUUUAUUUUUAUCCACGUUCUUUUAACUUUUUGGAAGAUCGCAACUUUUACACUAAUUUUGAGUGAUCUUACCUAAUCAACAAUGUACACUUAAUUUGCCAGAAUGGGCCAACCGACCAGAUCUGAAUCUAAUACUUUUUAUUUCAUAUUCCCUCUUCAAAAUUUUUUUCAGAAUACAAUGCUCAUUACAGAAAAAUUAUUAAUUCAGCUCGCAAGUUAGAUAGGUAUUGGCAAUAAUUACUCUCUACCUUACCUAAUCUGUCUUGUCAUUAUUAAGUAAUUUUAAACCGAAUAUUAUUUGGCGCAGGGCUUAGUUUUCGACUUUUUUUCCUAAUUUUGAAAAGAAGCCGUGUAAUGCAUUCAGAUCUUUCUUGUUGCCCCAUUGAGGAGUCAAGAGUAGGAUAACCUGUGAGAUAAUCUUAAUCAUCAAGUCUCCGCUAGUGGCAUUGCACCCUUAGCUUAAAAUGAGUGCUACCUAUAUUAUGCCUUUUCCAAAAAAAAAACAUCCUUUCGACCCUCCAGUAAUCCAACAUUUACUUUAAUUCAACUUUUGUUGUAAGAAAACUCCUUAAUAAAUAUGUUUCUUGGUCUGUUUUCCUGCAAUUUUAGAAUCUGAAAAUAUUGAAUAACUGAAAGAAUGAUAUUGCUGCAGAAUUCAGUGUUUAGUCAGAAUUCAGUUUUGCAAAACAUCACUCGGAUUUGUCUCUCAAGGAGGAAAAAAUAUUUUUGUGCAAAAUUUGCCGUUUUAAUUUCAUAUCUGGACCCUUGUGUGACUUCAGACUCAAUAGUUUCUCUUUUUAUAAUGAUAUCAUUUAACUGCUGCUGACAAACGUUACCUUGCACGAUCAAGAAUUGCAGCUUUUCCUAUUUGCAGCUUCAAUCGUAGCCUUGUCUGUAAUCUAUGUGAAGCAUAUCUACUUAUGAAAAUAUACGCACUGGUCAAGUAAUCAAAACUGUUUAACGCAACAUCCUCUAGAAAUCCAAACAAUUGCUGUUACAAGGUUUUGAGAGAAAUAUCAAAUUCGAUUUAAAAGGGACUCAGUUGCACUUAAGUGUUCAAACUUUGAACUCCUUUACCCCAGAAAUCAAAGAGCCUCUGAUGGUUGUCAGAAAAGUUAUCAUAACUGAUAAUAAAAUCAGUUCUUUACUUUUCUAAUGUUUGAAGUUUCAACUCUUAAUUUUUAGGCACUUUUUGUCAAAACUAUCAGCAUCUUCUCAGUGAAACUAUCACGGAAAGAAAAAUUCAUCAGGAAUUUUAUUUAAUUUUCAAUACCACUUUUCACAGGAUUUUAAGCUUUCUCUCAUUUUGAAUUUCAGAAAGCAACUUGAAUUUUUUUAAUUCAGAAAGGUAUUUUUACUCUUUUUUUUGCAGAGAAGUGUAACAUUUUUGAUCUCAUCUCUCUGGUAACUUCAGUCGCAAAACUUUGCAUCAUGAAGUAUGAGUAGGUAAAACUUGUUGUUAGUGCUGAAAUAUGAUCGACUAGAAUAAACUGCAGGGUGGUAAACUUCACUGGAGGUGCUUUUUGAGACUCAUUCGCUCAUAGUCUUUAUAUGAUACUUUAAUGGACUUAAUAAACUCAUUGUUGUCCUAGGGUAGGCUAAUUUUGUGACUAAUAAUCGGUGUACAGCCCUUGGCAUUAAUCAGUGCAGUAAGUCAUCAAUAUAUUGAGCACAGAAGUGGCCAGUAUUAAACUUACCUAAGUGAAACAAUUUUUGAGUAUUGUAAGUUUUUUUUUUUUAUUAUUUUCUUUUACUGGCAAAUAUUAUAGUGAGGGAUCGUGAAAUAUUUGUUUCUGUGAUAUUCUUUCCUGAGUAAAAAGUAAUUUUUCACCUGUAAACUCGUGGUUCCCAACUCCAAUUUCCAAAAAGCAAUGCUCAGGUUAAAGCCAUUGAAAUACCUGAUGCUUUAAGAAUCUUAUAGUGAUAUGCACAGUUGGAUGGACUUAAGUAGAAUAGCCCAAUUACAUUCUGAAGUUCCCCUCUUGUUUUGUUUUCCUAACAGAGAGCAAGUCAACACUCUGAAUUAAAAGUUUUGUUCAUUCUUUAUUACCUAUGCAGAGGAAAUACACGGGAAGUUACAACGCCUCAGACUGUUCAGCCUCCAUUUCAAAACGUAAAACAUGAGGGAAAAUUAGGGGCAAUGUGAAUUGUAAAAAAGCUAAUUAGACAUAAUAAAGCUUUCCAGCAGUAAACAACGUCUCCUCCCAUUUUAAAUGUUUUGUAAGUUCAAUUAUAAAUGGUUACAACUCAAAAUAUAACAUGUAGGUAAGCUAAGCAUUGUUUAUUUUUUUUUAACAUAAAACCGUUCAUUAUUUUCACUUUCAUAUUAGGAUCAAAUAAUUUCUCAUUCUUUUCUUUGAAGUGCAUACUCCUUCAUUCUUACGAGAGAAUUUUCUCCUUGAAGAGAGGAGGAGAUGGAAGAGAAAUUUGUUAUUUUAAAUUUUCAGUUUCCUAAUUCCUCAAGGUCCAAAACUUACCUGCCUCCAGCUUUUAAUUAUAAUCAAAAUAACACCAUGUUCCUUUUUAUCAAUGGUGCUGCUUUUAAGUCCAAUUUCUUUCUUUUUUUUCAUUUUUUUAUAUUUUUUUUAUGAAUCUGUUUUUUAUUUUAUUUUAAUUUAUUCAUACUUUCUUUUCUAAAAAUAUAAAAUGUUUCAAUUCUAUUAAACUGCAUUGAACUCACUGUCUGCAACACAUUAAUAAUAACUGGGAAAGAUGCAGUAGCGUAGAUAGGGGAGGGGGUCCCGGUCUGCUCCCCCUUAGCCUCGUUAAUUGUACCCUUUUUUUACUUUUGGAGGACAGACAAAAUAUAAUCAGGGAUGUACACAAAAUAAUGUAAAUGGACCCCCCCCCCCUAAAGAAUUCUUAGCUACGCCACUGGAAAGAUUCCAAAAUUGAAGAAGGAAAUGCUCAGUGAAAAAUUAUGAUUCUCAGUUAAUUCUUUAUUUUUUGUUUGCCAACUUGUAAACGUGAUCCAUAAGAUUUAGAUAAGGUAUAUACCUCGCUUGUGCGAAGGGAUAGUCACUUGCCUACUCAGAUGUGAGCAGUUACUCACUCUCAAGUUGUGCAGAUUGAAAAACGGAAUGAGUCAGUUCAACUCAAGAGGAAUGAGCCGACAAACAUUUGUAUCCUACAGUAUUUGACACAAGAAAAAUCAUGAGGAAAUCGAGAUCUUGAAACAUCUUGUCUCAGCAAAAAAAUUGUGUCUGCUUUUUGCAGGGGCAGUUUCAAUGCGUUUGAAAGUAAGCAUUUGCAUUAGCUCAGGAAGUAGAGAAUGUGUAAUACAUAAAUACAAUGGUGUAUGAACGGUAGCUCUGGGCUCAAAACUGUACCAUCUAUCUUUGAAUCUUGCACUGUUGGACAAGACACCCCUAUCAAAUUCCACAAAGAAUUGUGCUGCCAUAUUGACCAUGACUUUUUGCUGCUCUAGCCUUGAUGAGCGUACAACUUAAAUCCCUUUCAAAUCUACCUAAUUUUUCAAUUUUGAGCAUGAAACUCCCUCCAGCUUGCAGUCAUCAAAAUAAAAAAAAAUCUAGGAAUACUGCUGUAGGCCCAGUUCACUCAAUAUUUCUAAAACAUACGAUAACAAAAUUGACUUAAACUGACUCAUUCUAUCAAAAUUGCUGAAAAACGUGUUAAUAAUGUACACUUGUAUGGAUGUUAUUCAUGAAUGUGAUACUGGUCAGGUUCUUUGAUGUUCUCCUUUCCUAGAUUAUCUCAAACUCCCGCAUGAGCAGUCAAAUCCUCACCCAUAAAUCUCUAAGCGUAGUUUAGUAAUUACCUGUUUAAAUGAUAAAAAAAGUAUUUUUGGAAUGUAUAUUACAGUAAUUUUACUUCAUAGAGACCUGAUCAAUUGUGUAUACUUAGCUAAAUACUGUAUUUUCAAAA